AUGAAAUUUCAGUUUUUAGAAACAGUAGCAUUCAUGGAUCAGUCUAUCGAUCUACGCUCAGUAGAUAAUUCCAUCAAGGAAAUAGAAAAACCCAUAAAGGGUAAGAGUCAGAACUCCACAAAGGAAGACAAAACAUCCAUAAAGAAAGAAAGAAAAUUACCAACAGAACUCAGAUCUAUUGGUUAUGUAAUUGUGACUAUAAGAAGAGGGCAUGGGCAUGCUAUAAUCUUCGUACACUCACUCCUCCCAAAAUCUACAAUGGCCAACUAUGGUCUCUUCAUUCUUCUUCUCAACUUGGCCACUUUGCUUCCUUCUCUUGCUUGCCCUACCUGUCCAAACCCAAACCCACCAUUUCACCCAAAACCACCGUAUUAUCCAAAACCACCUCAUCAUCAACCUCCCUAUAUACCAAAACCACCAUUUCACCCCAAACCACCUCAUCAUCAACCUCCCUAUAUACCAAAACCACCGUUUCACCCAAGACCACCUCAUCAUCAACCUCCAUAUAUACCAAAACCACCGGUAGUGCAGCCACCACCCUUUGUACCAAAACCCCCAACAGUGCAGCCACCACCUUUUGUACCAAAACCACCCGUCGUUUACCCACCAACACCUCCAAAGCCGCCUGUUACGCCGCCGUCUUCACCCCCAUAUAUUCCUAAACCUCCUGUAGUAACUCCACCAUCGCCUGUAAAGCCACCAACACCAGAAACUCCAUGUCCUCCCCCUCCUCCUCCUCCUCCGGUGCCAUGUCCGCCUCCACCCACAAAGCAUGAAACUUGCCCCAUUGAUGCUCUCAAGUUAGGAGGGUGUGUUGAUGUGCUUGGUGGACUGAUCCACGUUGGUAUUGGACACAGUGCUAAGGAUGUUUGUUGUCCAUUGCUUGAAGGAAUCGUGGACCUGGAUGCAGCUUUAUGUCUUUGUACUACCAUUAAAGCUAAGCUUUUAAAUAUUAAUAUUUUUCUACCUAUUGCUCUUGAUGUUCUUGUCGGUUGUGGCAAGCACCCACCUCCUGGAUUUCACUGUCCUGCAUAAGCUUUAUGCUUAGUCUUGGAUUCAUGGAGUUUUCUUCGCUACCAAAGCUCAAAUCAUGUUGCUAUCAGACAAUAACGAAUAUUAAGUUUUCUUUUUUUGAA